AAGUAGGCUGUCAACUGUGGUUCUGGUGAAUGUGGCAGCGUCAUAUCAGCCUUUGGCGUUUCGAAUCUUGCAUGCGUUCUGCGAUAGGCGCGAAUGGUCAUCUUAAGAGGAGAGAUCGUUCAAUGCAUGAUGGCUGGCAAUGAAGGAGCACUUAAACGUCGCAAUAAGAUGGUUAUGGUCGGCAAGUGACGCACUGAACAACGUCCCGAGGUGUUUCAAAACGACUUGUUGAGCAACCUGGCAUAUACACUUGGUCAGCGCAAGACGCAUCAUCCAUGGCGUUUAGCCGUGACUGCAUCAAGCUCUGUCGAUUUUGUCGAAGCACUCUCGAGUGGCAAAAUUCGUCCAGUCAAGCAAGACUUGGAGGCGAUUCGGUUGGGUUUCAUCUUCACUGGUCAAGGAGCAUAAUGGUGGGCUAUGGGUCGCGAACUCUAUGAGCGUUAUCCUGUUUACACAUCAGCGAUUGACCGAGCUGACAAACACCUGCUUUCACUUGGUGCGACCUUCUCCCUACUCAAGGAACUCCAAAAAGAUGAGACAAGCACGAAGAUUAAUAAUGCUCAUCUUAGCCAACCAUCAUGUACCGCUGUGCAGCUGGCUCUGGUUGACUUACUGAGAACGUGGGGUAUAACCGCCAAAGCUGUUGCUGGUCACUCUAGCGGAGAGAUCGGCGCUGCAUAUGCCGCAGGUAUUAUUGAUUUUGAAGACGCGAUGACUGUAGUGUACCACAGAGGACGUCUCAUUCCAAUCCUAAAGGAGAAAUUCCCUACUUUGGAUGGCAGCAUGAUGGCCGUAGGUGCUGGCCAAGCAGACAUCGCUCCUCUUCUUGAGCGCAUUCUUCGUUGCGUGGGCGAGGCCAGAAUUGCUUGCAUCAACAGUCCUUCUAGUGUCACGGUUUCAGGGGACACGGAUGCUAUUCUCGAGCUCCAACAAUUGAUUGAAGAAGCACAUCCAGGAACCUUCGCUCGAAAGCUGCAAGUAGAUACUGCUUAUCAUUCGCAUCAUAUACGAACCUCGUUCCCUACUGGGAUGAGAUGACUGGCUCGGACUCAGACAUGGGU